UGUUUAUAUUGAGAUAUUGAAAAUCGUUCUGUAAAAAGGACAAAAAUAUAAACAAAUCCUCAAUAUUUUUAAAAACCGUUGUAUCUAGAAACGUGAAAUUUGGACAGUAUAUGUCAAUAUUCCUUUUGAGCAUGAAAUAAGAAAUAAUUUUUGGAAAUACAGAUUUUAAAAUGGUAGAAAACAUUUUUUUAAGAACAUCCAUAUUCCACGAGCUGUUAAAGUUAGAGACAUGAAAAUUGGCAUAUGGACUCUUUAUAAGUAAUGAGUUAAAAAUAAUUUGAUAUAUAAUUGAUACUGUAUGCUGUACAAAAGGGAAAGGAAACGCAUAGACAUAGGAAAGAGUCAUUCUAGUUUCUAUAAGAUUUUAACAUACAGUACAUUACAUAGUAUUAAGUUCUACAUUCAGUUAUGUUUCGAGCUUAUGUUUCACGUUUUUUCAUACGAGAAAUAUAUUGUUUCGAUAAUUACAAAUAUCAAUUAUUAUGUAAUGAUGCUUGUAAUAUAUAUCAAAAACGAAAAUCAAUUUAUGCAAAUCAGUUUAUCUAUAUUAAAAUUUUCUUUAGAAGAAUAAAUUUCAACAUAGUGAUAAAAGAGAAAGAUAAACUCUUUUAAAUCCUUUUCCGAGAAUAGUUAUGAAACAGAUCUUAUAUUUUAGAUCUCAUCAAGCGAAAAUAUGGCAUAUGACAACCGUGAUUGCAUCGUAUGGAUAGACACAGAAUUAACUGGACUUAAUAUAGAAAAGGAUACAAUAUUGGAAAUUGCUUGUUUGAUAACUGACAAAGAUUUGAACAUUAUAAGUGAAGAAUUUAAUGUUGUAAUUAAUCAACCAGAUGUGGUGUUAGAAAAUAUGAAUGAAUGGUGCACUAACUGGCAUAUAAAGACUGGGCUGAUAGAGAAAUCUAAAUGUAGCAAAUUUAGUUUAACGGAUGUAGAGCAAAUGUUACUUAAUUUGUUAAAAAACUACAUUCCAAGUAAAAGUUGUCCUCUAGCUGGUAAUACAGUUUACAUGGAUCGUUUAUUCUUACUAAAAUUUAUGCCAUUAGUCAAUGAUUAUUUACAUUAUAGAAUUAUUGAUUGCAGUGUGAUUAAAGAACUAGUCAGGAGAUGGAAUCCAACAAUUUAUAAAAAUAUGCCAGAAAAGAAACUUUGUCACAGAGCUUUAUCUGAUAUCAAAGAAAGUAUAAAUGAAUUAAAAUAUUAUAAAACGAAUAUAUUUACGGCUUUUAUGGGAUAGCACCCAGGUUCAUAUUCUAUAGGUUACAAUCCCUCAAGUGCCUUUGCUUUUUUAAAGAUUGACAUGAUUAUCUUUACAGAUAACCAUGUUUUAUAACAUGUUUAUAUAUGUUUUUAUACCAUGUUUUUAUAUAAACCUCUUAUAUAAAGAGAAGUGAAAACGGAAGUUAUUGGAAAAAGUUUGGGAAGGCAAAAUAUCUUAAUUUAUGAAAUAUUACAUUUACAGUAGUAUAUGGAAACAAUUCACAAACAGUUCUGAUCCAUGUAGAUGCAACCGAAAGAAAUUUGAAUAACUAAAACAUUAAGCACGUUUAUCAGUAAUACAAUUUUAGAAUUAUGCUUGUAUAUUCUAUGUAAUUCAAUCAAACUAUUAAGGAAAUAUUCUAAUCUAUAAUUUUAAAAAGAAUCAAUUUCUUUUGUAGGAAGAUUUUGUCAAAUUCGAAAAAUUAAUGGACUUACACAAGUUUUGAAUAAAACACAGAGUCCAUGCCUUAAAAUCUGGAUAAUUUGAAUUAUUUUCAUUUUAAAACAUGGUGGAUAUUUUUAGAACAUAAAUAAAUAGAUAUAGAAAAGUUAA